AUGACCGAUGUAACUGCAGAGUGUAUGGCUGAGUACGACGACAUUGUCAGCAGGAUGUUUGAUAGCGAGGAAGAGGGUUUUGAGUUCUAUAACAAGUAUGCUCUUGAGAAAGGCUUUAGUGUGAGGAAAGGAUAUGUUGAGUGGGAUGAAGCGAACGAGAAGAUAAUUCUGAGGAAACUUGUCUGUAGUCGUGAAGAGAAACACAUGAAGAGGAAGAGAGAAGAUAGGAAGAGGAAGGCACGGAAUAUCACUCGUGUGGGGUGUAAAGUGAAAUUUGUCAUUGUAAGAGUCGCGAAAACAAGGCGGUGGUUUGUGAAGGAUUUCAUCGAUGAACACAACCAUCCUCUAGCCCCACGAGACCUUUCUUGCUUUUUGCGUUCCCACAGAAGAAUCAGCGACGAGAGGAAAGCAGACAUUAUAGAGAUGGAAAGUGUUGGAAUCAAGAAAUACAAAAUCAUGGAUGUGUUGUGCAUGCAGUACGGUGGAUAUGACCAUGUUGGAUGCACGACGAGGGACGUCUAUAACUUAUGCCAUCGCUACAAGCAGGAAACUGUCGCUGGCGGUGAUGCUCAGACGGUGAUCCGUCACAUGAUGGCGCGGCAAGAGAGAGACCCAGAUUAUAUUUUCAAUUACUUGGUUGAUAAAGCUGGGCAUCUGAAGGGAUUGUUCUGGUCCGAUACUCAAUCCCGCCUUGACUACGAGGCUUUCGGUGAUGUUGUUGUUUUUUAUAGCACAUACAGGACCAAUAAGUACAAUCUUCUGUUUGUGCCGUUUGUCGGGUUGAAUCACCACCGCAGCACUGUUAUCUUUGGAUGCGGGGUCAUUUCUCAUGAAACCAACGAGGCGUACGAGUGGAUGUUGCGGACAUUUUCUGAAGCCAUGUCGCAGAAGCAUCCGAUAUCUGUAAUCACUGACGGGGACCUUGCAAUGCAGAGAGCGAUCAGGGUGGUGUGGCCUGACUCAUACCAUAGGCUGUGUGUAUGGCACAUUCAGCAGAACAUUGUACGCCAUCUGCAUGACGACGAGGUUAGGGAAGAAUUCAGAUCUUUCAUAUAUGACUCAUCUUCUAUUGAAGAGCAUGAGAGAAAAUGGAUAGAGUUCUUACGAAGGAAUGAAGUGACAAGUGAGGAGUCGUGGCUGCAUCAGAUGUAUCAGAUGAGGAAGCUGUGGUGUGCUCCAUACCUGGUGGGGCGUUGUUUCUUAGGAUUGAGCAGCAAUCAGCGUAGUGAGAGCCUCAACUCGGUGCUACAUACACAUCUUGAGGGUAAGAUGACAUUGUUUGAUAUGCUAGAGCACUAUGAGCGUUGCCUUUCGGGACGACGCUUGAACGAGGCGAUCCUAGACAUCGUGGCCUUACAGUCCGUUCCAUUUACAGACGCGGAUGCUUCAAGUCUUGAGAAACAUGCUGCCCGAGUUUUCACGCCUUGUAUGUUUGAGUUGGUCAGAUGGAGCAUAAAUGCCAUCAGCAAAUGUGUUAUCAGUGAGAUACUAGACGCAUGGGAGUUGACUACAUAUGUUGUCGCUAAGAUCGAUAGAAGAGAGAAGAAGUUCGAAAGGCAGAUGGCGGCGCAGGGGGCUAGAGGGAUACUCGUCCUGCGCGGGAAGCUUGGCAGGAUAAGUAGCGACGGUUCUAGACACCAGACCUUCUCCGUCCUCGGCGGCGAAGGACGACUGUGCAGGAUAACGGUGGCUGCUCCAGGGAGAAGGCGCUGCCGUGCGGAGCGCCUAUUCGACGGGGCGAUGCUCGGGGCGCUGGGGCAGCAGAGGAGAGCAGGCGGCUGCGGCUGUGCGAGGGUCGGCGGCUGUGGCGGCACGAGCGACACGAGGGACGCCGGCAGCGCCGCGGUCGAGGGCAGGCUUGGCGGCGGCGCCUGUGCGAGGGGAUUGAGGUGGCUAACAAUCCGGCGAGGCCACUGA